GGAUUCCGGUGUCAAAACACACCGGAAGAGACUGCACCGCCACUGUGCCUCGAAAACCAAUUGCUAGUGUAGCGAAUAUACGUUUUGGUGCAGUGUUAUUCAUUGUUUCCACAACAUAUUUUCUAGUUGUUGCGGGAAUACCAUCUAUGACAGAAUGUUGUCUUUAGACUUCCUCGAUGAUGUUCGGCGAAUGAAUAAGCGCCAGCUCUACUACCAGGUGUUGAAUUUUGGGAUGAUAGUGUCCUCAGCCUUGAUGAUUUGGAAAGGCCUAAUGGUCGUGACGGGCAGUGAGAGUCCCAUUGUUGUGGUUCUCAGUGGUAGUAUGGAGCCUGCAUUUCACCGAGGAGAUCUCUUGUUCCUAACAAAUAGAGUGGAGGACCCUAUCAGAGUAGGAGAGAUUGUGGUCUUCAGAAUUGAGGGAAGAGAGAUUCCUAUUGUGCACAGAGUGCUGAAAAUCCAUGAGAAGGAGAAUGGAGACAUUAAGUUCUUGACAAAGGGAGACAACAAUGCCGUGGAUGACCGAGGGCUGUAUAAGCAAGGCCAACAUUGGCUGGAGAAGAAAGAUGUGGUGGGGAGAGCUAGAGGGUUUGUGCCAUAUAUAGGGAUUGUGACCAUUUUGAUGAAUGACUACCCUAAAUUCAAGUAUGCUGUGCUGUGUAUGCUGGGCCUCUUUGUCUUGGUUCAUAGAGAGUAAGAAAUGUCCCACCAGCGGUAACCUGGAAAUGCUAAAUACUGUACUCAUCCAGCUGUCUGCAUUUUUGAAUGGUGUAUUUAAGUUUGCUCCAGUAAAUCAUGCACUUGUUGUUACAUGGUUAAAAUGGGAUUUUCUACCACGUUUAGCAGUGUACAAAUAACACGCUGUGAAUGAAAGAUGACAACAUUAAAGAUGUUAUACAUUUUAUACCUUGUUUUAAGUUUGUGGUUCAUUUUGUUCUCUAUACUGCAACAUAUCUGGCCAUUGUCAAACCUCUUUCAUAAUGAAGAAUUUUGUAUUGAUUAUAAAUAAAAAUGUUGAGCCAG